AUUCAGAUUUCACUUCUACUGUAUUAUUUCAAGUCCUGAUGUUUACAGAUAAAACUAUCUUAUUACGCUAUUUUUCUCAAGCAAAUCCUGGUAAGCUCAAUCUUUUUUUUGCAUGUUUUCUCAAGAUAUAUGGGUAGAUUAAUUCUUAAAAUUUCGCGCGCCCACACCUGACAUCGGGCUAUACAAGCUAAGCUGCAAUUGGUCGUUACAAAAUAACAUACUCGAAAAUUAAUUCGAAAUGCGCCAAUCGAAACUAAAGCCGUGGUCACGUGACCAUCCUAACGUUCUUUUUGAAAAGUCGGAGUCGGCGAACGUUUACAUCAGACGAAUGUCUGCGAGGGAAUACCUAUUUCGUUUUAAGCUAGCAUUUUCAGAGUGUAAAAAACAAAUGGCAGAAUAAUAAAGAAGUUGAGCAAAAAAAUGAAAUCAACAGACAUCGAACAAGUGAUUGCUAUAAGCAAUGGGGAAAAGGAAGGACGAAAAACAGCUGAAGAGAUGGAUGAGAUACGCCAAAAAACAUUAGCUUAUGAGUAUUUAUGUCAUCUUGAAGAAGCUAAAAAAUGGAUGGAAGCCUGUCUAAGAGAAAAAUUACCCCCUACAACAGAACUAGAAGAAAAUUUGAGAAAUGGAGUGUACUUAGCAAAGCUUGGUCACUUUAUAGCACCAGAUAUUUUGCCUUAUAAAAAGAUUUACGACCCAGAGCAAAAAAGAUAUGCAGUUGCUGGAUUACAAUUUCGCCACACUGAUAACAUAAAUUAUUUCUUACAAUGCCUUAAAUCAAUGCAAUUACCCUUUACUUUUCAACCAGAAACAACAGACAUUUAUGAUAAAAAAAAUAUGCCCCGUGUAAUCUAUUGCAUUCAUGCACUGAGUACACAUUUAUUUAAAUUGGGUAAAGCUCCACAGAUUCAGGAUCUAUACGGAAAAGUUAAUUUUACUGAUGAAGAAAUCAAUGCAGUUAGCAAGGAGUUAAAGAAAAUGGGUAUACAAAUGCCAGCUUUUCAAAAAAUUGGUGGUCUUUUAACACAUAGUAUGGCAGGGGACCAUGCUGCUCUACAUGUCGCAGUUAUCGCAAUCAACCAAUCUUUAACUUCUAAGGAUCAUAUGGCACUUUUACCACAACUUCAAAAUUCAACAGUGCGUUUGAAACAUAUUAAUCCUGAAUACAUUAAUUUAUACUUUGAAACAUUGAUGGAUGCUAAAGAACGGAAAGCACAAGCCGCAUUGAAUAGAUCUCUAAAUGACAGUUAUGUUCCUGAUGCAUAUGACGAGCUUCUAACUCAAGCAGAAAUUCAAGGACAUAUAAACAAUGUCAACAUGCAAUGUGCGAUGGAAACUUUGACUGACUGCGUUCAACAAGUUACAAAUAAAAUUGCAUCAGCAUUACAAAAUCCUUCCUUGCAACUACAACGAGUAUCUUUCGAAAAUAAUAAUUUUUAUGGACAAGAAUUAAAGCCACUAAUAGGUAGCAGUGAGUGGGAAGACCGUUCAUUAGAAAAUUGUCAGUACUGGCAAAAGAGAUUACAAAAAAGUAUUGAUAUUGCUAAUGAAGAAGCUACUAAUUUAAAUAAACGAGAGGAAGCUGUAAAACACCUGAAUAGAGUUUUGCUUAAUGGUUCAGAAAAUGAUUUUCACAAGGCUCUAACUAAUCCUCGAUUAGGUAUCUUUCAUCAUAUUGAUGAAUUUGCCAUACCACUCUAUUAUGAAGAAAUGAAAAUCGAUCGUACAGAAUCAAAAACUGACUUGGCUUAUAGUGAUAUAAUUGUCAGUAUUCGAGUUUUGACUGCUAUUGCAAACGUUACAAAAUGCAUUGAAACUAAUAAUCCUGACUUGGUCUAUCAAGCUUUGACUUGUCAAGAUGCGCAUGUUACCAAUCUUGAAGAGGUAAAUAAAGUGAAAUACUGCAGAGCAUUAACAGCAGUUUAUCAAGAGAAGCAACUAACUGGAGAGCUGUGCCCACUACUGACAUAUAUUGAUAUACAAGAAUGUAUUGAUCUUGUUAAUGAGCAAUGCUUGGAAGAUAAUAAAGUGAUAGAUGUAUUGAGGUAUUUGAAUCAAGCUGUAAAGAAAAAUAGUCACUCUGAUAUGAUGGACGCUUUGAAACAAAUUUCUUUAAAACUUCAGAUAAUUACAUCCCCGGAUGACGCUUCUCUCUAUUUAAAAUUAUUUAAGAAAUGUUUAGCUGAGAAACAUUCCGAUGGAUCUGAGUUGUGGUUGGAGGAUGUUGAACAAAUAACACAAAUUGUUGUAUCGGAAGCAGAGAGUGUUCAAUUAGCCUGCACGAUACUGUCUCAGAUUAACAACGGACUCGAAAGAGACGAUUUUGCAUUUACAAUUGAUUGCUUGCAAUCAGCCAAAUUACAGUUAUCUGAAAAACAUAAAAUUCAGUGCUUUAAGGCUUUGAGUCAACUUAAAAAAGCUAAGCAAGAAAAAUAUACUUGCCCGUACGUGCGAUAUAUUUCUCCGAAAGGUAAUGAGUCUUUUAUUGAUCUAAAGAAUCAUUGUUACACUUGGGAUCAGCCCAAAAAUUUAAGUGAAUCCUGCUAUAUAACAAAAGACGAUGUCGAGAAAAUAAUUCGAAAUGUCACAUUGACCGAGGUAUCACAGUACACGACUAAGGAUUUCGAGACGCUGAUCGUUAAAUUUCAGGCUCACAUAAGGGGAUAUCUGUUGCGUCGAAAAAUCGCGGACAACAUCGACAAGAUCAUAAGAAUUCAGGCUUGGUGGCGCGGACUGUUGCAGAGACGAGUUUACGCAAGGAUACUGGAGAGUAGAAUAAAAAAUAAAGCUUCUGAUGCAUGUAAAUUUGCAAAAGUCAAGUCUAAGUAUCAACGAGCUAUAGAUCAUUUCAAAGAUUAUGAAGACAUAGUAAUAAAGAUGCAAGCUCUCUGGCGGGGUCGUUUGGCCAGAAGAGCUUUUCACUCCUUAUCACGAUUAGAAAAACCUCCUUUCUCUGUAGUAAGGCAUUUUUCGGGAAUUUUGAAUUUUAAUGCUGAGGAUUAUGACAAAGAUCUGCAACUUCAACAAAUAAAAAAUGAAGUAGUUCAGCUUAUCAAACACAAUCAAAAUCUUUCUCAGCAAUUAGACAGUAUGGACAUUAAAAUAGGCCUUCUGAUACAAAACCGUAUAACACUUCAGGACGUCGUUGCACAUGGAAAGAACUUGGAAAAUCUGACAAAAGAAAGGGGUUCACACCAAAUACGCAAAAAUUCAUUUUCUUCAGAUACUCACAGCGCGCACAAGGGUUUGAAGUCGUUAACAAAGGAGGGUCGACGAAUGCUCGAAGGAUACCAACACCUAUUCUAUGCACUCCAAACCAAUCCCAGUUACUUAUCUAAACUACUCUUCCUUCUACCUCAAAGCAAAUCGAAUAAGUUUUUGCACAAUGUCAUUCUUACUCUUUUUAACUUCGGAUCGAAUUCACGAGAGGAGUACUUGCUGUUAAAGCUUUUUGGUACCGCUCUAAGAGAGGAAAUUAGAUGCAAGUUCCAGAAACCAUCAGAAGUUGUGACAGGCAAUCCUCUGGUGUUAAAAAUGGCGGUAAAUUACGCGAGACAACUUAACGGUAACAGAGCUUUGAGAGAGAUUUUGGGACCAAUCAUUGAGAAAAUUUUGGCUGAUAAGACUAUAACAAUAGAAACAAAUCCUGUAGAUAUUUACAAGUGCUGGCGAAACCAACUCGAAAUGGAGACUGGAGAAACACUGGACCUUCCGUAUUCCGUAACGGAACAGCAAGCUUUACAAUAUGAGCAAGUACGAAUAAGGCUAAGCAAUGGUAUCAGACUGCUGCAGAGGACAGUUUUAGAGCUCUUACGUAGUAUAAUAACCUCGCGGGACCUCAUACCUUACGGCAUGCUCUAUAUGUCCAAAGUACUUAAUGACACUUUGAUCGAAAAGUUUCCUGAUGAGCUAGAAAAAAAUAUACUUAAAGUUGUUGGUAAUUUAAUUUACUAUCACUUUAUCAAUGCUGCGAUUGUUGCUCCCGACGCUUUCGAAAUUAUAACUCUACCCAUUGAGAGAACGCUUUCGAACGAUCAACGUAGAAAUUUGGCGAGUAUUGCAAAAAUCUUGCAGUUCGCUGCCUCAAAGAAAGGUUUUGGCGAGGAGGCUGCUCAUCUUGUAUGCCUGAAUCCCUUUAUAAUCGAGUGUCACGAAAAAUUUAAGAAGUUCUUCCGAUACUGUUGCCAAAUAGAGGAGCUUGACGAGCAUUUUAGUAUACAUGAGUAUACGGAGGCGACGCUCAUUCACAAACCUGAGAUUUCAAUAUCGCUACAAGAGAUCUGCGACACGCACUGUCUCGUACUUGACUACCAAGACCAGAUUGCCCCCGAUCCGCUCGAUAUAUUGCAUGAGUUACUUGAUGAUCUGGGAAACGCACCCACUGUUGCUACGCUCUUGGGAAUAACUGAAAAUAUGAAUGAAGCAAACAUAGCACGACUAGGUAAGACAGAAGUGUGCUUGGUACUGAGUAACAAAUUUGAAGUGCCUGAAAACGAUGACACAAACUUGAGCAGACUAUUUAUAAAAACUAAGGAACUUUUGGUUUCGGUUCUUCAAUUCUUAAGAGGAGAAACUUUGGUCGAGGCUCUUGAGACUUAUACGUCACCAGUUCAAGAAAAGUUGUACAAUACAAAGAAUUUUUCUUCGUUACCAAAAGUCAUGGUUCCUAAGAGCUCGUCGUUAAACGACUGCAAGCUUCAGCUUCGCGCAUAUCUGAACAAAUUAGAACUUGGCGGUUGGGUGUCCCAAGAUGACGGCUAUCAAAAAAUUGUUACAGCGGUAGCCAAAGAUUUAUGCAAUAAAGGUCGUUAUAGAGUUCUGCGGAACAAAGAAUUGAAAAUGCUUCGAGAUACAAAACAACGAUUAGAAGAAAAAUCAAAUUAUUAUAAGGAGCAGGUCGUGUAUUACAAUGAGUACAUAAAGAAAUGUUUGGAAAAUCUUAAUGCCGGAAAAAGGUCGUUGCAUGCGCUUAAGGGUAACGAAAAGAACGGACAUGGCAAACUCAAGUCAAAGAUGACGCUUAAGUACUCGGCUGCUAAACUUCAAGAAAAGGGCAUUGUCUUGGAAGUCGAUGGGCUACCGCCAUCACAAUUUAAAAACGUAAUAUUUGAAAUAUCACCCACAGAGCAGAACGGUUUAUUUACAGUACGUGGAAAAUUCAUGGGGGUUGAGAUGGAAAAGGUUGACGUAGAUGUGACGAAGUUACUAGAGCUACAGUUUGAAGGAUCGCCUAUCAUGGAUAUGUUUGGUAAAGCCAAGAUAAAUGUGAAUUUGCUUUUGCAUUUACUUAACUGCAAGUUUUACGGCAAAAAGUAAGAUAUUAUAAGCCAAAAAUCACAAUUUUUUAUUUGAAACCAAUAGAUAUUUCUUAGUGAGCUAUACUGUAGCAUAGUACCUUGAAUUCGCUUGUAAAUACGAAUAAUCAUGUUUAAUUAAUUAUGUAUUAAAGAAAACCACGAAUUAAUUGUACACGAUAAUAUUGAUAACACUUAAAAGAAAGGCUGAUUUACUCAAUGAAAUUUGUUUUGCACAAUACUUUACACAAUGUAACAUAUAUUACGUAUUGUCAAUAUCUCGUGUUUUAGAGUUAAAUAGUUGUUAAUUAUAAUUCUAACUACGUUACCUUUAUAUUUUUAUAUCCGAUUUUAUAAUAAAAAUGAUUUUUUUAUUUUAAACGA